AUGAGUUCUUUUAUUUGCAAGAGAUUCUCUUCUACCAGUUCCCAAGGCUUGAAAAAAACUGCUUUAUUUGACUUGCAUAUCGAGUUAGGUGCGACAAUGGUUCCGUUUGCUGGUUAUUCAAUGCCUUUGCUUUACAAAGGUCAAACUCAUGUGGAAUCGCAUAAAUGGACAAGGACAAAUGCCGGUGUAUUCGAUGUCUCCCAUAUGCUACAGAGUAGUUUGCAAGGGGAGGGUUCUUUGAAGUUUUUGGAAAGGAUCACACCAACUGAUUUCAGUCUGAUCAAGGACCACAAUGCCUCACUUUCUGUGUUUCUGAAUGAAAAUGGUGGAAUUGUAGAUGAUACCAUGAUCACGAAAGUAGGUGCUGAUGACUUCUAUAUAGUGAAUAACGCAGGAUGUGCCGAUAGAGUGAAAUCAUUUAUUCCUGAACAGCUCUCUAAGAGUGGCUAUGAAUGCGAAUGGAAAAUGAUUCCAGACAGAUCAUUAUUAGCUUUACAAGGACCAAUGUCUUCAAAGAUUUUGCAGAAUAUAUUGGCUCCAUCUCAAACGUUGAAUUCUUUGAGCUUCGGUCAAAGAAGGUUAUUCAAAUUGUUCAAUGGCGUUGAAAUACAAGUGGCUAGAUCUGGUUACACUGGGGAGGAUGGUUUUGAAAUCAGUAUGCUAGAUAAGGAUGCGGUUGAUUUUGCAAAAUUAAUAUUGGAUAAUGAGCUGACUAAACCAAUCGGACUAGCUGCCAGAGACAGUCUCAGACUGGAAGCAGGUUUAUGUCUGUAUGGAAACGAACUAACUGAAUCCAUAACUCCUGUGGAAGCAGCAUUGAAUUGGAUCAUUUCCAGAUCAAGAAGAAACUUGACAGAUCCAAAUGCUAUCAAGUUCAAUGGUUACGAAAAGAUCAUAGACCAGCUCAAAAAUAAAUCUUCAAAAGAAUUAAGAGCAGCAUUCAAAUACACAGGUCGUGGACCUGCCGCGAGAAAAGGUGCCAAGGUAUACUUGCCUGAUAAACAGACACUAAUCGGUACAGUCACUUCGGGUAGUGCAUCUCCAUCAUUAAAUAAUAUCAAUAUUGGCCAAGUCUAUGUCAAGAAUGGCUACCAUAAAGCUGGAACCGAGCUUGUUGUUGAAAUCAGAGGUAAGUUCUACCCUAUCACAAUAGAAAAAAGUCCCUUAGUGCCAACUCACUACUACAGAACAUCGUAA